AUUAGAAAAAACUCGCCCUUCCCACUCCCAAGUCACUCAUCUGAAUCUUUUGAUUCUUCUUUCAUUCUCUCCGUUCUCACUUCCCAGUUCCCGUUCACUUUCGUUUAGGGUUUCAUACUUCAAUUUUUCGACGCCGUCGUCGAUUGCCGCUCAUCGCUCGCUCGCUCGCUCGCGAAGCCUUGGUUUCGCUUUCGUCGUCGUCGACUACCGCCCAUCACUGGCUUGUUGCUUCAGCUUCACGAACCACGGAACCAGAAUCUAUGGUUAUUCUGCACCGCCGGGUCCAAGAAAGUCUCUUCUCAAGUGUUUCAUAAAACAAAAUCGAUCUACCCAAACUUACCAUCUGUACUUCAAUUUAACUCAAGUCCAUUUUAUAGGCCAUUGUCGAAGACUGUGAAGCUUAAUCUCUUGCAAGUGAUUUGUGGUAUGGUUCAUCUAGUGGAGACGGAAACAAGGCAUUCAUAGCAAUAAGGAUGGCAUCAAAUAUGAUUGAGAGAGCUCACCAGAUGUACCGAGAGGGACGACACCAUGAGGCGCUAGGGUUUUACACUGAAGCGCUUGCGAUAGCAAAGAUGAAGGUGCAGAAGAUUGCACUUCACAGUAAUAGAGCCGCUUGCUAUUUGAAACUGCAUGAUUUCAAGAAGGCAGCAGAAGAGUGUAGCUCAGUGCUUGAGCUUGACCACAAGCACACUGGAGCAUUAAUGCUGCGAGCUCAAACACUAGUUACCCUCAAAGAAUACCAGUCGGCACUCUUUGAUGUCAGCAGGCUCUUGGAGUUGAAUCCAUCUUCAGAAGUCUAUCAAAACCUUCAAGCUCGUUUGAAGACACAAUUGUCACUAGCCCCAAUACCAGAGUGCUUAGUCGAAGAAGAAGAAGAAGAAGAAGAAGAAGAGGACAAAGAUGGAGCAGAGUGUAUAAGAGGUGAGGGAGCACAACUAUGUGGAAAAGAGGCAGGUGAACAAUUAUAUGGUGGUGAUGAUGAAAAAGAAGGGGAAGAAGCCGUACAAGCAGUUAUGGGAAGGGAGCAGAAAUCUGAGCUUCAGAGGACAACAACCAGUGCUGAUGCUGCUACCCCUCAAACAGAGGAAAUCAAGGAAUUUACCGAACAACGAUCCAAAGGAUGGCAGGCAAUACCAAAACCAAAAGGACACUCACAUCUGGAUUAUUCACGCUGGGACAGAGUUGAUGAUUCUAGUGAAGAAGAAGAAGAAGAAGAUGAUGAUGAUGAUGAUGAUGAUUCUCAGCUCCAAUAUCGGUUCCGUGUGAGAAAAGUUGGUGUGAAGCCAGUGAAAUGAAAGAUGUCAUGCAGUGUGCAGUAUCAAAAAUGGUUUUUAUGGUCCCCAAAAAAGGUGACUAGCAGUCGCUAUGAUUAAUGAUCCAUUAAGUGAAGUCAUAUUCUAAUAGAGGAAGGAAGUGAUUAUGAUUUCUAGUCGUGGCUUUCAAAAAGCUUGGGGGAUUUGCUGCCAAAGCUGCCAUUUAAAUUCACAAGAUUGGCUAGGACUUGUUUCUGGGCUGUGCUUCCAUUGGGCUGUAAAUGAAGUGAGCAGAUUUUUCAGAACAUGCAAACAGAGCCUACCCGGAGAGACUGAAAAUCACACUUGAUCCUUAAUUAAUCAAUCUUUAUUUUUAUUAUUUUUUAUGGGGUUCCCAAUCAAUCUCUACUUUCUGUUGUUUCUAUCAUUUCUGGAGAUAAAAGAGAAAUGUUCUUGUCGUUGUAAAUUUUAUAUUCUUAGGGGGGCAUUUGGUUCAUGGAAUGCGAGUAUAAGUAAUGUGCUAUUCUGGUAAAAUAAGAAAAUAUCCAUGUUUGGUUCACAACAUUAAUAUAAUAUUCCAACCAUCUAAAAUUACCCGUUUA